AUGUCCGAAAUGUCCCAGCUGUCCGAAUUGUAUGAGGAGAGCAAUGAUCUGCAGAUGGAUGUGAUGCCUGGCGAGAGUGACCUUCCGCAGAUGGAGGUAGGCAGCGGGAACCGGGAGCCAUCCCCGAGCCUCUCCCGCGACGGGGCCCCGCCACAGCUCGAGGAGGAAGGCCCAAUGGAGGAGGAGGAGGCCCAGCCAAUGGCCGGGGCAGGGGGCCUUGCUAACGGGCCCAGCCGUGGGGAGCAGGCGGGCCAGAUCGCGGCCCCAGACUUGGAGAGCGAGGACGAGGGCGAGGAGUUUGAUGACUGGGAGGACGACUACGACUAUCCGGAAGAGGAACAGCUCAGUGGUGCAGGCUACAGAGUAUCAGCAGCCCUUGAAGAAGCCAACAAGAUGUUUCUGAGAACAUCCAGAGCAAGAGAAGCAGCUCUCGAUGGCGGCUUUCAGAUGCAUUAUGAGAAGACCCCUUUUGAUCAGUUAGCUUUUAUCGAAGAGCUUUUUUCACUCAUGGUUGUCAAUCGUCUGACCGAAGAACUCGGCUGUGAUGAGAUUAUCGAUAGAGAGUAGAUAAAUGCUGUUAAAAGAGGAGGAAACUACCUGAGGAAAGACCCAACAUUCUGUUAUUUUUGGGGUUCAUUCGAAAUAGUUCUGUGCCAGUGAAAAAAACUUGAUCUUCAGAAAAACGAAAUUGUAUUUGUUUUGCAGAAUAGAAUAGGACAGUGACUGCACAGUUG